AUGGUCUCCGCUUUAUUCACUGAAAAGGCUGCUGCCGUCAACGCCUUAACCACCCGCCCAUCCGACGACCAAUUGUUGGCCUUGUACGGCUUGUACAAGCAGGCCACUGUCGGUGACAACGAAACCGCCAAGCCAGGUAUGUUCGACUUGAAGGGCAAGUACAAGUGGGAAUCUUGGAACAAGUUGAAGGGUACCUCUCAGGAAGAUGCCGAAAAGCAGUACAUUGCUUUGGUCGACGAAUUGUUGGCUUAG